AUGUCCGACGAAAACCAUAGGUCAGAGGUUGACUUCUGUACCCUGGGAAUGUUUAUUAUAGAUGACAUUGAGUUCAAGCCUCCUACUCCGUCAGUAUAUGGGAUCAUAGGAGGGGCAGGAUCUUUCGCAAUCGUAGGAGCUCGUAUAGUUGCUGGGAAAGAGCAUGGAAAGGCCGUGAGUUGGAUAGUGGAUACCGGGUCUGACUUUCCUGAAGACAUGAUGGACACGAUCUUAUCAUGGAAUACGGGUUGUGCGAUUCGGGAGGACAAGGAUAGACUGACUACAAGAGCAUGGAAUGGAUACGGCGAAAAUGAGAAGAGAGACUUCAAAUACCUAACACCUAAAAAACGCCUGGAGCCUUACAUGCUGUCCGAUGCUCAACUUUUGUCAAAGACAUUUCAUAUGGUGUGUUCAUCUGAACGAUGUAUUCACAUCGUCCAGGAGAUUCUCCACCGGCGAGAGUUAGCUUCCUCGAAUCAGUCUGCACGGCCUAUCUUUGUUUGGGAACCGGUUCCUGACCUAUGCGCUCCCGAAGAACAAGAGAAGUUUCUUACCGCCUGUCGAGUUGUCGACCUGGUAAGCCCUAAUGAACUGGAACUGGGCAUGAUGUUUGGACGUCCUGGAUGGAAAGAAACCAACGAGAUUGACCGAGAACUGGUCCAAAAGAUUCUACAAUCCGGCAUUGGUCCGGAAAAUAAAGGGGCGCUAGUUAUCAGAGCAGGUAAAGACGGUAGCUACAGUUACUCAAAAGGUCAAAAGGGAUUGUGGCUUCCAGCAUAUCACCAACCUCGACCAGACCAAAAAUCGAAAGUCGUCGAUCCUACUGGCGCUGGAAACUCUUUCCUUGGUGCGCUAGCCCAGGGUAUGAUCAGCAAUGACCGGGAGCCCGGCCGCAUUAUGGACGAUAUACUCUCAAAGUCAGAUGAGUGGGAUAAGAUCAAAGCCAGAUGGGGCAACAACGGCCAAAUUCCUCAAGCUCUUAUCUGCGCUACCGUCACAGCGGGGUUUGUUGUAGAGCAGAUCGGAGUGCCUACAAUUUCAACAACGGCUGAUGGACGUGAAACUUGGAACGGAACUGAAUUCAAUGAACGACUCCGUAAUUAUACACAGUGGUUAUGCGAAACUUUUGAACAAUUUCCGCAAGACCAUGAAUGGGUGAUAGAUUAA